AUGGAACCUCCCUUUUUCAUCUCCCACAACACCCCUGCUAUCAAGCCGGUCCAUACUCUCCUCGAGUCCAGUAACUAUAACCGCUCGCCGCAGCCUCAUCUGUCUCUGCCACUGCCACUUCCGGUCAAGGAGCAGCCCAAAUUCUCGCUGCCGUCUAUAUCGACUCUAUUCGGGGAUGCCGAUAGUGCUCGGCACGCAGCCAAGCACCGACGACUUUCUCCAUCUGGCCCUAACCAAGACAUUCAGUGCCAGCCCUACGAACUACCCCCGCCACCAUCACUGCGUUUGCGCUCCGGCAAUAACCACAGCAAGAGCCACCACUCCCCCUCAGGGCCUAACACCAAGCCGGAUACACACCCGCACCGCUUCUCCAUCUCCAGCACGAGAUCCAUACACCUCCCGCACAGCACAGCAGCACCAUACGCUCCACCCACUCCAAGCGUUAGCUCCCACUCAUCCCCCGUCGACGUACUUCAACCAACGAAGUAUCACACCCGCCCUCCAGCAACGGCAUCCUUCCAGCCCGCUUUGACAGUGACUGCACUGCAAAAGCCUCAGCCGCACAUCCAGGCCCAAACGCAGCAGCAGCAGCCUAGGCGUCAGUCGUCUUCUGCUCUGAUCUCCCCUGUUACUCUCGCUUGGCAGCACCACUAUUACUUCCCGCCUUCCAAUUCGGAUGUCUGCCACAAGAACCGUGAUCGCUAUAUCUGCCGCACCUGCCGCAAGGCUUCCUCAUGCCCUUUUUGGCCACGCUCCCAUUUCCACUCGCGUACCUGCGAGAAGUCAUUGUCAUUCCGCUGUACUCAUGCUGGCUGUGGGAAGACUUCCUCUGUUCGCAAUAAUCUGAAUCGUCAUAAAAGGGACUAUUGCUCUAGUCGGCCAACUGUUGGUACUGUCCUGGUGGUGUGA